AUGUUGCUGCCCUGCUUGAUGCUUGGCGCAAAGGGUUGGCUUGCUGUUGAGGAAGAGUUUGCUGCAUGGGCAGAUAGCCAUGACCAUCCCACUCAUCCUGCAAAAUCUCUUGAACUUAAGUUUACGCAGUUGGUUUGCACUAUGAAGCCAACUGGUGAUGCUGAGUGCCCUCCUUACAUUGAACGCACUCACGAAAUCGAUGACUGCAUGAACGAGAAGGCUGGCACCCAGGAUCUCGAUGACAAUAAAUUUGCCGAUGAAGUUAUCAAUAUCGGGUGUAAUGAAGAUGAGCCUCAGCGAGCCAGGACACCAAAGGUCACCAUCAAGACUGAGACAUGA